CGUUGUCGCUUCCAGUACAGUAUUAUUAAAAGUUCACGCUAUACUUUUUCCCAGGAUGUUGUUGUUGUCAUGAAUCAUUGUUGUUUCAAUUUUUCCUUUUGUGAGCGUGAUGAAUAAAAACAAAUUAAAUGAUAAUAAAAAGGAAAACAUAAAUAAACCGUUAGAAACAUACUUACCUUUAUGUCGGCUCUGAGUGCUUAUAACUCAAUAUUAGUUAAGUGAUCCUCAUAAUUUCACUGCUGAAUUGUGAUCAGCAAGUUUAAAUAUUAUUCUGUGGUAGGGGUUCAGAACCAGCUUUUAAAUGUUCGAAAAUUAAUGUGUCUCUGAAUCCCCGUUGUUGAAUUAAGAAUUGCACCUAAAUAUAAGGAUCACAAAUCGGUAGUUACCAAGUUUAUAGGCACCCAAAGGAGAAAAUUAAGGGAGUUUGACGGACGUUUGUAAUGUUGGACAAAGAACAUCAAUGUUAGCUAAUCAUGUACACCACUUAACUCAGUCAAGCAAAGAGUCAGUCGAGUUAUUAGCCGACACUGAACCAAUCAAGGUUGAGUCAGGGAAUGAUAAUAUAAGGGUGCGUUCCUUUAGGGUGAUCUGGAUCAGGAUCAGUGAUCCAAGAUCACUCGGAUCAUGGUGCAUGCAUCAAAGGAACCGAUGAAUCCGCUCUAAUCACGGAUUCAUCGGUUCCGUUGAUCAACUAUGAUCCGAAUGAUCUUGGAUCACUGAUCCUGAUCCAGAUCACCCUAAAGGAACGCACCCUAAGUAAGGACUAAGCAACGGAUUUUUACUCAAUAAUACAAGUAAUCAGUUUACUGUCAGCUUUUUCUUUUCACGUUGCUCUUAUCACGUCAACAAUAAAUUGAUCGUCGAUACAAAAGAAACUUGGCAUGAGUCUGUGAAUGUUCUGCUGGCGGCGGUCUAUAGGGAGUUCACUGCCUCAGUUGCAUAAUUGACCAAAAGACAAUGGACUAAAAAAAGGGAAACGGGGCAUGCUUUGCAUAACGGGCUCCAUCGCCCUAUAUAUCCGUCUGCCUAUUGUAUUUGGUUGCGCUUGUUUGAGCUCGGACACGCAUAUCUGGUGCUUCACCCAAAAUCAUGGGUCUCACAAUCGAUGAUGUAAUGGAGAAGAUCGGCAGUUAUGGCCGAUAUCAACACAAACUUCUCCUAAUCUGCGGUUUUAUGAAGGUCUUCGGUGAUGGUUUUCAGAUGAUGGUCCCAACAUUCCUCAGCGCUGAACCACCGUGGCGAUGUAAAGAAAACAGUUCUGCUUGUAAUCUGACAGGAAUCUUUAAACCGGGAGACAAAAAUUACAAAUUUCGCUGCUCCAUUCCUCGAGAUGAUUGGGAGUUUGACACCAGUGACUUCAACUCAGUUGUGACCGAGUGGGACUUGGUGUGUAUCGUUUCGGCGUUGUCAGUCCUGACCAGAGCUGUCAUGUUCUUGGGCUACAUGAUUGGCGUUCUUGUUGGUGGUGUAAUAUCUGACAAAUUCGGGCGCAAGCCUCUCGUGUACUUCCUUUCUGUGCUGUGCAACAUUACCAUUGACUGUUUAUAUAAGCAAGAUAUUUUUCUCGGACUUAACUGA